GAGUCUGGUCUGCAACAAGUCAACAGUUGUGGUGGUAACAGGUAAAAGUGGGAGUACGACCGACUCAGGUGUGUUGGUGCACUACGUCCGCAUUCACAAUGUCGACGACAGUGUAAACGGCCAUUUUCGCACGAAACCGUCCACCGCAACAACAAUAACAACGUAAACAGCAACAACAACAACAUUAACAGCAUCUACAAAGAGAUAGAGGCCAAGUUAUGGGCUCGAAGAUCGAAUACGUGGACUCGUCGCAAAUCUACGCGACCAGCUACGUCCGCAAUUCGAAGGCGAUAGGUGUGCUGUGGGCGAUAUUCACGAUAUGUUACGCGAUCAUAAGUGUGGUGUCGUUCGUCACGCCGGAAUGGAUUGGGGAUGUGAGUGGCGACACGCCAGGCAAAUUCGGGUUGUGGUCCUCGUGCUACGCCGACGAAACGGGUGAACAGUGCAAGGGACGGCUGGACGACUUCUUCGGCAUACCCAGCAUCGCCUUCAAGGCGGCCACCGUCUUCAUCGGUCUGGCCGUCGUCACGGCACUCCUUACCAUUUGUGCCAUGCUGUUGUUCUUCUUCUGUCACUCCACCACCGUCUAUCACGUGUGCGCCUGGAUGCAGCUGCUGUCCGCUGUCUGCAUGAUAAUCGGCUGCUCCUGCUUCCCAGCCGGAUGGUCGGACGAGAGCGUGAAGCGAGUGUGCAACCAAUCGGACAAGUACACGUUGGGCACGUGCGGCAUCCGAUGGGCCUACUUGUUGGCCGCCAUAGGCUGCCUGGACGCCGUCAUCCUGUCCACCCUCGCCUUCAUCCUGGCCACCAGACACGUCCGUCUGCAACCCGAUCCCCAUUACGCACCGGCCAGCUUAUUCAAAGGUGAAAUGAACAGCGCCUUCGUGAGCGACUCGGCCAGCGUCGCCGGUUCGAGGAAGUCAUUGAAUUUGCAUCCGGUGAUGUUGAUGCAUCCGGGACAGGACGACACGUAUUCGCAGUUCUCCCAGAGAACGGUGCCAAGAUCCACACACUCAGGACAUUACUCACAUCCGCACGCGCUGCAUCACAAUUUCCAAUUAUAAAAUGAUGUCGCAAUGAUCGAGGGAGAUUGUGCAUAUUUAUGUACUUGUUGGUACCAUAUUGUAAAUGGUCGGUGAUACAAGUUUUAUGCGGUAUCUUGUAAAAUAAUUUAUAUUUAUUUAUAAAAAACAUAUUUUGGCCGCAUUUGAUUAGUUUAUCCGGAUCUGAACCUGGAAACAUCAUUAAUUAUUAAUUUAUUACUUUUCCUGAAAGUGGGUUUGUACAUAACAGGAUCAAAUGUGGCCAAACAAUGGCACAUAAAAUCUAUAACACAAACCUAACACACGAAUGUUAAUUUUUAACGACAAUACUACCAUAAACUUUAGUACAAUUAAGCUUCAGCCAUUUAUUUCAGUUUUGUGUAUUAUGAAGUUUUUUCCGGUAUUUCUGGACUAUACAUUAUUAUUACCUUUUAGAUGUAAGGCGACUGAAACUAGUGUAAUUUUAUAUUUUGAAUUACUACAUAUAAUUACAUAAAUUAAAUAUUUAA